AUGGCUUCAGAAGGAGCAUCUCCAGUGCUGGGACCGGAUGUGACCAUGAACCCUGGUGCCUCCAUGUCUCCGUUCUCGGCACUGCCCUUUUCUCCACCCACUCCCGGCCCCCCACACCAACCAUCCUGGCAGCAGCACCCGCUGCCCCUCAUCACCCCGUCAUUCCCUCCUGGCAGCCCCCUGGUGCUGCCAACUUUCCCCAGGACACCUUUGGUGGCUACCAAUGGCCAUAGCCCAGGUGGGACUGGGGCUUGCAAUGUCAUUGUGCAAGUCAGGUUAGAAGGGAGGCCAGCAGAGCCCCCCCAGACUCAGAACUUUGUCCUUACUCAGGCCUCCCUCAACUGGAGUGCUCCAGGGGCCCUCUGUGGGAAUGCUGCGUAUUCUGCAACCCUAUUCUUGGCAGCCUCUGUGGUGGAGACCACUGUACCCGCCCCGGCUGUUGGGGGCACCCAGGCUGGCAAGGCAAGCUGGUCUCCAGGCCUUCCUCCUCGAGCUCCGCCACCAGCUGCCCAGCUGGCCUCCACCACCCCUCCGGUGAACACUGGGCCGCAUCCACAUGGGGCUUCCAGGGAGGGUGGCCUGGCCACCUCUGCGUGCAAGGCCUCACUGGAUGACUCCUGUACCCCCAAGAGUGUUUACGAGAACUUCCGACGCUGGCAGCGCUUCAAGUCCCUGGCCCGGAGGCACCAUCCUCAGAGUCCUGACACAGAAGCUCUCUCCUGCUUCCUCAUCCCAGUGCUCCGAUCCCUGGCCCGCCUGAAGCCCGCCAUGACGCUGGAGGAGGGACUGUGGCGGGCCGUGCAGGAAUGGCAGCACAAGAGCAACUUCGACCGCAUGAUCUUCUACGAGAUGGCAGGAAAGUUCAUGGAGUUUGAGGCAGAGGAGGAGAUGCAGAUUCAAAAGCUGCAGUGGAUGAAGGGGACGCGGGGCCCACCUCCUCCAGCCCCACCGAGACCUGAUCCUCAGGGGCCGCCUGCCCCGGAGGUGGGCCUGCAGCCAGCCUGCACGCCCAGGAAGGCAGGCCCCAGGGUGCAGCCCGCCCGCCCACAGCCACACAGACCCCAGCGGCGCCCGGAGAGCGGGGCACCCAAGGAGAUCCCCCCCGAGGCCGUGAGAGAGUACGUGGACAUCAUGGAGGGGAUGCUGGGGCUGGCCCGCCCAGCCACGAGGGAGCUGGAUGGAGGACGGAAAGAGGACAGAAACGAGCCCCAGCAGGAAGGGGGUGGGGUCUACCUGGACCUGGGUCUCCUGAGCUACGUUGACAAGCUGUGUUCCCAGGAAGACUUCGUCACCAAGGUGGAGGCGGUCAUUCACCCCCGGUUCCUGGCAGAACUGCUUUCCCCAGAACCACAGCUGGACCCCCUGGCCCUGGCUGAGGAGUUGGAGCAGGAGGAAGGACUCACCACUGAGCAGCUGGUGCAGAAGCGACUCCUGGCCUUGAAGGAGGAGGAGGGCGUGCAGAGACCCCCAAGUCACAGCGCACCCCCACUGGACUCAAGUCCUUCUGAGUCUGAGGCCGGCCCAGAUGCGCAUGACCACGACCCCCAGUUAGGGGUCAGCGACCAAGCCUACCCGCCAGAGACUGAUUGCGAGGACCCUCAAAGGCCCGGCCAGGCAGACACCGACCUGCCCAGGCCCCAAGCCUUGGCUCUCUCUCCAGGACGUCAGGAGUCCCCUCCACUCGGGGCUGCACGGCCCCCUUCUCCCCCACAGGCUCCGAGGCUCACUUCCCCUACGCUGGGAUCCAGGGACGCCCCCGUUCUCAGAGAGGCCUCUCCUGCCAGGGAGACGCACAGGCCAGCGGACGGGUCCAGUGAGGACGAGGAUGACCUGCCCAGCCUCGCCUUCCUCUUGGCCUCUCAGCACAGCCUGCUUCCCUGGCGCCUCUCCCAGAGUCCAGCCCCUGCCUCGGGCCUUCUCUGCCCUGGAGGUCAGGGGGCGCAGGGAGCCCCCCAGGCUCCGUCCCCUCAGAGCACGGGCCUCAGCCCAGCUCCUCCUGCAGCAGCCGAGUCCUGGAAGCGCCCUGUGUGUGCAGGCCCAGCCCCUGCCGAGAAGACGCCCCUCCCAGGGGCCAAGCUCAGGGUCCCUGGGAGGUCAGCCUUGGCUCUGGGGCUGGUGCGCCCCUCACAGCCACAGAAGAGAAGGUGUGACCCGUGUGUCACAGGCAGGAGGAGGAAGCGGCACUGCAGCCAGUAG